AGCCGCAGUGACUCCGCCUUAUUGGUGCUCCCCGGUGGAGGAAAGAAGAUGGCGGCGCAGCCAGAGCGAGUGGGAGCCACAGAAACAGAGUUGCCCUGCUGCACUGAAAUGGAUAAUUAGUUUGCCGUCUGUACAGUACAGUAAAACAUCUUGUGGGAGCUCAGCCAUUGACCGUGCGAUGUGAGCUGACCUGCUGGGAGGUAUUUCUGUACGGAUGUCAAGAGCAAGAGGGGAUUACUGGAACAUUCUAUAAUUUGAUGAUUUAUUUUUUUUAUAUCUACAUUUUUAUGAUUUUUUUUUUUUUUUCUAAACAAUUUUUCCUGCACAUGUAAGAAGUAAUUGGAUAAAAGUUAGAAAGAGGGUGACUUAUUUUAUUUGGAAAAACAUGGCGUGUGAUCACUUAUGAUGUCAAGAUCUCCGCUUCAGAAUUCAUCUUGCUGUCUUUUACGUGAUAUAUUUAAUUUUACCUUUGGCGUCCUGUGUGUGCUGCAUGGUGGUAUGGUUUAAUAGACCGCAAGAGGCUCUCAUUCAGGUUUUGAUUCCUAUAGACUUCUACUGGUAUCAUCACAUUUUAAAAGAGGACGAAAAUGUUUUCGGCUUUGAAGAAAUUAGUGGGCUCAGACCCUUCAACUUUUCGAGACACAAAAAAUAUCCCAGCAGGAUUGCAGUCCAUGAACCAGUCCCUCCAGAGGAGGUUUGCGAAGGGUGUGCAGUACAAUAUGAAAAUCGUGAUCCGAGGCGAUCGUAAUACAGGGAAGACCACUCUGUGGCACCGGCUGCAAGGGAAGAAAUUUGUGGAGGAAUAUAUUCCCACUCAGGAGAUCCAAGUCACCAGCAUCCACUGGAAUUAUAAAACCACUGAUGAUAUAGUAAAGGUUGAAGUUUGGGAUGUGGUUGACAAAGGUAAAUGUAAGAAAAGAGGAGAAGGUUCUCUGAAACUGGAGAACGAGCCGCAGGAGGGCGACGGCGACAUGGCCCUGGACGCAGAGUUUCUAGACGUUUACAAGAACUGCAAUGGAGUUAUCAUGAUGUUUGACAUCACUAAGCAGUGGACAUUUAGCUACAUCAUGAGAGAGCUUCCCAAGGUCCCCAAUCACGUGCCAGUGUGUGUCCUCGGCAAUCACCGUGACAUGGGGGAGCAUCGCGUCAUCCUGCCUGAUGAUGUGAGGGAAUGUAUCGAGAAACUGAACCGACGCCCUGGUUCAUCCUACAUUCGUUACGCUGAGUCUUCAAUGAAGAACAGCUUUGGGCUGAAAUAUUUGCACAAGUUUUUUAACAUCCCUUUCCUACAGCUGCAGAGAGAGACCUUGUUACGGCAACUGGAGACGAAUCAGCUGGACAUCGAUGCAACGCUAGAGGAACUGUCCGUGCAGCAGGAGACGGAGGAGCAGAACUACGAAAUCUUUUUGGAAAUGUUAGAAACAAAUAAGCAUCUGGCUUCGCCUGUAUCCACCAACGGCCAAAGUCCAGCCUCCGGUUCUCAGUCUCCAGUGGUCCCUCCGAGCACAGGGUCUCCUGAUAGCUCUGGCCCAGGGACUCCUCUGCAGAUAUCGUCUUUGAUUCCUGCUACUCCUCCUAUAGCUGCUUCCCCGCCACCUCCUGUGUCUGAUUUCCCAGAACCCCCUGCCCCAUCACCUUCCACUGUGUCUUCACCACCACCAACCCAAGCAACACAACCAAGGCGUGGAUUCAUGUCUCGGCUCUUUGGUUCCUCCACUCCGGAAAAUGUUCCGGCCAAAGCGGUAGACAGUGAAUCCCCUGGUGGCGAGCAGAUUAAAAAAGUGCAGAGCGUGGAGGAUUUUGUUCCUGACGAGAGCCUAGACCGUAGCUUUCUGGAGGAUAGUGUGACCCAAAAAGAGACGGAGAGAGCAACACCCAGAGAGAGGAAAGACAGCGACAGUGAUGGGGAGCUUCCUGGUACAAACCCAAUGGUUGCUGGCUUUCAGGACGAUCUUGAUCUUGAUGACAGACUAGCAGCGAAGACCGCUACACUCACCGUGAUUCCCAGCAAGAACAUCACAUUGUCCAGCGAUGAAGAGGACCAUACACCGGCUGUAACGAUCGCUGCAGACAAGGAUAGCGACUUGGAGACAGACCCCUGGAAAACUUCAAAGGUCACAAGCUCCCAGAUCCGUCCUCCGAUUCAACUGGAAAAACAGAGUCAGUCCCAAGCAAAAGCACCAUCUUCAGGGCCGACGUCUACCAAAUCCAAGAAAGGAAAGGCAGGGAUCCAGGAGGAGUCUGACAGUGACCAGGAGGGGCCAAUAGCCACACAAAUGCUGUCCUUUGUCAUGGACGAUCCAGAUUUCGACAGUGAAGAUUCAAGUCGUGUCACUAAAAGCGCAGAUGCACUCCCAGUGCUGAACAAUAUAUCUGACAGUUCUAGUGAGGAAACAGCCCCGUCACAACCUUCACUCACUCCAAAACCAAUUGUACCCGCUUUUAAAUUAAAGGAGGAAGCAGAUCUUUUUGGUCUGGGAUUUGACGAGAAAGUGACCAACGAUAAUCCCGAGGAAGAUAAAGAGAGCCGGAAUUCCAGACUGAAAAAGAAGAAGAAGAAAAAAUCCAAGGAGGCUCCAGAAGAAGACAAAUCUGCCAAGAAGAAGACCAAACACAAAAAAAGCAAAGAGAAGGAGGAGGGGAAGGACGAAAAAAAGAAAAAGCCGAAAAAGAGACCUGAAAAGGAUGCUUAUGAUGAACUGGAAGCCUUCCUGGGUGGUGGGGCCCCGAGCCAACCCCAGACGGGGGAAGAUUAUGAAGAGCUUUGAGGAUGGGGCCAUCCUUCCUUACAGCCCUGUGUCACUCCUCUUCCAUAAUUCCUGUCUGCGACCUCCUACAUCCGAUGCUGGACAGAUCCUUUUUCAGUCUACUGACCCCCUGGCUUUUACCUUCUGGGGGGGCAGUAUUUUACCUGCAGGGACUUGGUGACCAAAUGGUCCAAACCAUUAAAAGAAGAUAAAAAUGGCCAUUUGUCAUGCUGAAAAAAUACAUUCUCAACCAUUGGGCUGCGCAAUAUGGUCUGGACGCCGCCGCCAAUACAAAGUGUAUUUUAAAAUUGUUCUUCUCUUUGACUUGCAUCUUUGUUUUGGGUGACAGGUUUUGUUAUUACAAAUAUCUGCACCCAACCAUUUAAAAUCCCCCACAAAGAAAGGUACAGUUUUUGCAGCUCCUCGGUUACUUGCACAUUCCAUGUACCUCUCUUUACCCGCUUAUUCAAUAGCGGUGAUUAAAACAAAGUGCUGUCUUUUUGACACAUGCUGGUUUACAGAUUUUUUUUUUAUUUUAUGUUGUGUUACAUUGUGGUUUCCCAGUGUUAAAUAUACUUGAUGCAAUAGCCCUAAUGCAUGUAUCUCACGCGUCACAAUCACAGGCCUUUGGAUGUGCACCCCUAGAGCGAGCUUGCGCAGUAUUUGCAGCACAUAGUGACACCGGGCUCAUUUAGCGCUGGUGUCAGCUCAACCAGCAUUCCGUCAUUGUAUCAGUCUUCACAGAGCAAUGGAAAGACACACAGGUUUGUUUUUCUUUUAAUCACAGAGAAUAACUCAUGGUAACUUGGAGUGUUUUCUCUCUCCGAAAUGGCGGCCUUUAUCUUGCUCAGAUAAACAUUUUAUGCCUAUUAUAAUGGGCUUUUGUGAUUAACCCGGGCGACCUUGCAAUAUGUGUUAACUCUUUUAUGUUCACUGCUUUCCAUAACUCUUAAAGGGUUAAAUAAGGUGACCCUCGCUAACCUCAUGGUAUUUUCAAUUCAAUGAAAAGGCAAGGAAGGUUUCGGAGUUAUUGAACAGCAGAUGUGCAUUAAUUAAUUAAAUUUAUAGUUUGUAUUUUUUGUCAGUAAUUGUAGAGUGAGUGUAUUCUAUCCCAGUAUGAACAUCUCCAUGGAAACUUUCCUCAUUUUGUGAUCUGUUUGAAGUGAUAAGGUAAUUUGGAUUUGGAGUGGGGGUGGAUUUUGAAUUCCUCCCCCCGUCCCCCACAUCCCCUAAAUUUUUGUGAAUUCCAUAAUAAAAUUCCCUUAACAUCCCGUGACUCCCUCUAGUAACCAUCAGUCCAGUUACUCCAUUCUUUGUGCUGUUUGACACAGUUACUCCUUUCUCCUGGCUGAUGUACAAACAGCGAUACAAUAUCAUGUGAUUGAGCUGCUGUUUACAUUGUAUGAUACAUCUCUCAUGACAAACUGGCUUCAUAAGUGUCUAGUCUGAGCUUUCGCUCAAAUUGUUUAAAGGUGUAGGGACCGACGGCAGGAUUUUGUAUGAAAUUUUGCACAUUGCAGGGAUUUGCACCCAAUACGGGACCACAUAUCUGAUGUAACAUUGUAGACGGGGCUGAAUUGCAGGUGACUUAGAAGCAUGGAUUCCUUUUUAACCCCAUGAAUUGUUGUUUCCAUUGAAGGGUUGAAGUGUAAUCAUUCCUACGAUCGUAGUGCAGCAUUGUCUUUUGUUUUAUCCGAAUAUGCAGGAGAAACUGCAUUAUGCUCACACAGAGAAACACCUAUGCAGGUCUGGGGACUGAGGUUGGAGUUGGUUGAACAUGUUUUGAAGGUAUAGUCCC